UCUGUGUUACAUUCUUAUUUCUCAUUAAAUUUCUCGUAAAAAUGCUUUUUGGGCUGUCAUAUCAUAUUUGAUUGACUAUCUGUCACUGGCAACACACACUUUUUGAUCCUAGACUCCUAUAUAGGUUCAAACUUCAAACCUUGGUUCAAAGUCUGAGGGAGCUAUACCUACAUAGUGCUUAUAAGCUGAAUAAAUUUGUUCACUAGAAUAACAUGAAAUUUUUAAAUAAAUAGUAUGAUAAGAUUACAUAAUUAAUCUUACACAAUUAAUCUUAUGACACUCAAGUACUUUCGUCACUCUUUCACCUUUCUUUCCAACCUGCAGUGUUUUCAAAAACUUAACUUUAAAUACAAUCUUGCAAUUAACUUCCAACUUCCUAAUUAAACAUUAUGAGCUACAUUAUGUUUGAAACAGUUAACUUUUAGACAAUCAGCACCAGUGUUGUAACUUAAGUUAACACUAAACCAAAACAUUUUGAAGACAAAGAUACUCUAAUUUGAGUUUCAAUGGCUUUAAGAGGUAUAAAAGUUUUAGAAAUGAUGGGAUUAGCUCCAGGCCCAUUCUGUGGAGCGAUAUUAGCAGAUUUCGGCGCGUCAGUUACUGUAGUCCAAAAGAUAGAAUCUUCACCUGUAGAUGUGUUGUCAAAUGGAAAACGAACACUUUCAAUAAAUUUAAAAUGUAAGGAUGGUGUUGAGAUAUUUAAAAAGUUAUCUGCUGAAUCAGAUGUCCUUAUAGAUACUUUCAGACCAGGUGUGUUAGAAAAAUUGGGUCUUGGUCCUGAACCCCUUAUGGCCCUGAACUCAAGACUUAUAUAUGCAAGAUUGACAGGUUAUGGGCAAAAUGGUGACUACAAAGAUAAAGCAGGUCAUGAUAUUAAUUACAUUGCGUUGUCAGGUAUACUUUCUAUGCUUAGUAAAAACCAACAGCCACCCACUCCGCCAAUCAACUUGGUUGCAGAUUUUGCAGGUGGCAGUCUUUUAUGCACGCUUGGCAUUUUGUUAGCUUUGUUUGAAAGGAUGAAAUCUGGCAAAGGGCAAAUUAUUGAUGCAAGUAUGACAGAAGGUGCAGCUUAUUUAGGAACAUGGUUAUUUAAGUCACAAAAUUUGCCUAUAUGGAGUGGUCAACCUGGCACAAAUACUUUGGAUGGUGGACUUCCAUCUUAUGCCACUUAUAAAACUAAGGACAGUAAAUUUAUGGCCGUUGGAGCUCUUGAACCUCAGUUUUACUCUAACUUCUUGAAAGGAUUAGAGUUAUGUGAAGAGACAUAUUCUCAAUUUGAUACUGAAUGUAAAAAUAAAUUCAAAGAAAUAUUUUUGACUAAAACCCAGCAGGAGUGGUCUGACAUUUUUGAGAACUUGGAUGCUUGUGUCACACCUGUUCUUGACCUUAGAUCAGUUUAUGGUCAUGCCUGUAAUUCUUCACGCAAGUCUUUUUAUAAAGACCAUGACAAUUUGAUAGUGCCUGAACCUGCACCUAGGCUUUCUUCCACUCCUGGAAUAUCAAGUGGUAAACAGGAGGCACCAGAAUUAGGAUAUCAUACAGUUAAAAUAUUACAGGAGUUAGGUUAUAGUAAAUCUGAAAUUUGUGACUUAAUUAAGAAAAAUGUUGUAAAUACCAAAGCAAAAUCAAAUUUGUAAUCUGUUAAAGUACUUAAUACUGUAAUAUUUUAUAUGGUUUUUAUGGUUAUGG